UAUAUAUAAUGUAUUUGUGGGGGUGGGUUCGUUGCCAAUGUAUAACUGUCUGGUGUCACACUGGUAGGUUGGCGGUUCAGAAAACUUUGGUAUCUGCACUAUUAUGCUAAUAAAGAAUGCAGACUGAGCCGCUCAUUGGCUGAGUCCUGGUCAAUUUUAUGUUUCUGUUCUGACGUCAGGGCGCCUAUAAAACUAAGCAAUGCUUUUUAACUCGUCGGUUGACUGAUCCAUUAAAAAAAAUCCUCGGGUGGACAUUUUAUUCCACCUUUUCUCCACGAGGCAACUGUUUGCCCGAGACACAUACGUGAGCCUCCUCAAAUUGGCGCACUAACCCUAAAAGGAGCCGUGAAGUGUUAAAUGGUAGAAACAGAGAGAGCGGCGCUCAGACACACGCACGCUGGGAGAGAGGGAGGAAGAGAGCGCAGUCCAAUGCGUCUGUGCAACACAGACUGAAGAAGAAGAAGAAAAAAAAAACAACAACUUAUCAACGCACACAAAAGCGGACGCUGCGCUGCGCACUUCGUGCGGGAGAAUCCACUUUUCCCUCGGUUUUGAAGAAAAUAAAAAAAAGAAAUCAAGCUGGCUCAGUGCGUGUCUCAACAGCCCACUUUGACAGGUGCUCCUCACCCCCUUUGGAGGACUGUCAACAGCAAGAGGAUGGCAUCAGAACUGGCAAUGAGCAACUCCGACCUGCCCACUAGUCCCCUGGCCAUGGAAUAUGUUAAUGACUUCGAUCUGAUGAAGUUUGAAGUGAAAAAGGAGCCGGUGGAGUCCGAUCGCAGCAUCAACCAGUGCAAUCGCGUGGUCGCCGGGGGAUCCCUAUCUUCCACCCCGAUGAGCACGCCUUGCAGCUCGGUUCCCCCCUCUCCUAGUUUCUCGGCGCCCAGCCCGGGAUCAGGGAGCGAACAGAAGGCGAACUUGGAGGAUUUCUACUGGAUGACCGGGUACCAACAGCAGUUGAAUCCCGAGGCUCUGGGCUUUAGCCCGGAGGACGCCGUAGAGGCGCUGAUCAGCAGCAAUCAUCAGCUCCAGACCUUCGACGGCUAUGCCAGGGGGCAGCAGUUCAGCGGCGCAGGCGGCGCAGGCGGCGCAGUGGCCGGGGACGAGAUGGGUUCAGCGGCCGCCGUGGUGUCCGCGGUCAUCGCCGCAGCCGCAGCUCAGAACGGGACACCCCACCACCACCAUCACCAUCAUCACCACCACCACUCGGGCUCACACCAUCCGUCCUCCGGUUCUCAGUCCGGCAGUAGCGCGGGGGGAAACCACCAGCACUUGCGCUUGGAGGACCGCUUCUCGGACGAGCAGCUAGUGACCAUGUCGGUUCGGGAGUUGAACCGGCAGCUGCGGGGGGUGAGCAAGGAAGAGGUGAUCCGUUUGAAACAGAAGAGGAGGACACUAAAGAACAGGGGCUAUGCCCAGUCUUGCCGCUACAAGCGCGUCCAGCAGCGGCACGUCCUGGAGGGGGAGAAGACGCAGCUGAUGCAGCAGGUGGACCACCUCAAGCAGGAGAUCUCCCGGCUGGCCAGGGAGAGGGAUGUCUACAAGGAGAAGUAUGAGAAGCUGAUCAGCACCGGCUUCAGAGAAAACGCCGGCUCCAGCAGCGACAACAACCCCUCAUCUCCGGAGUUUUUCAUGACAUCAAGAAAAUUCCUCCAUCUGUGAUGGAGAUCCAUGAAUUCCCCGUCUCCCCACCCCGAAGUCUCAGAUGUUAUGAAAAUGGAAGGCUGGUGUUUACAGAGCAACCUAUGGCACCCGGACUGCCACAAAGCACAAUGUCUCAUAAGUGUUCCAGCGGCGACUUCAGGGAUGUCAGUCCACAGCGAACGCGGAGCCGGAGUUCAAUAUCAAAACAACCGAAUUAAGAGACUAAAAGCACUCGCAUCGCCCCGGUCCAACAACGGGAGAUGAACCAGAGUUUAAGAUCGUGGACUCUGGACAUAAGAAUUUUUUCACGGAUCCAGAUUCUCCCAUUAAUACCUCCGCCGCAUAACUAAGAGAAUAGAUUAUUACUUAAGCUGAAUCAGCAAAAAGACAAGCUAUGAUGUCCACUCUCCAUUAGCACAUGCUCCGAAAUCAGGAAGUUGUAAAUAUUGUACAGGGAAAAUGGGACAGCGGUGACAAAGCUAUUGCAAAAUAAUGUACAUAUAAAUAAGAAUCCGACUUUUAGUGGUUUAUAUACUGUAUCAUUAGUGUCACCCGACCAUUACUGCUCAUUUCGUCUGUGCCCUGUACCAUAGAACAGCACAAUGAUUACCUGCAUCUCACUACAGUCUAAGUUCAAAGGAAACAUCUACAGGAACUGAAUAAGAGGAAGCUGAACAAACCACUUAGCUAGAACCAGUCGCAUACGUGCAUAAGUUACACCCCGUCCUCUGGACAGGAUUGUCCGCCUGAUGUAGCCGUACCCUUUAUAAAGACAGUUGUUUAACAUCGAAGACAUGAUCUUAGAUUACAGAAAAUCCUUUUUUUUCGCCCACUCCUCAGUUUUUGUUUUUUUAGACCAUAUUAAACUCAUGUCCUCGUUUUAGUGCAUUCUAGUCUCUAUAGUGAGGUGACAGACUUUUGUGUUGAACAGUUAGGAGUUAGCUGGACUUCAUCCUUCCCCUGAAGACUACUGUGCAGCACAACUCUCUCUCGCCCUCUCCCUACCUCUCUCUCUCUCUCUCUUUGACUCUGGACUCGUCCAUCAGAGGUCUUGCACACCUGCUGACCUCUCAGCCACCAACCGUUCACUCAGGUCCCACAGACUGGCGGCGACGUUGGGGUCCUGCGCCUGUGUGGACGGCAGGCAGCGGAAGCAGUUGUUGAAGUACAUGCCUCCUAAUCCUUCCAACUCCGGGGCUGUGCCACAGUAGACGGUGGUGGCUGCUCCUUGUUGCUGUGGAGAGGAGGAAAGAAAAAUCAACUUUGGCAAGUGAUUCAAAGUGAUGGAGGCUACGGUAUGAAAAUGUUACAGCUUUUUUUUUCAGAUUUAGUAGAUUAAAAAAAGAAAUUAAUAGGGAUGUCCGAUAUUAACUUUUUGCCGAUAUUCGAUAUUGUCCAAACACUUAAUUUCCAAUAUCAACAGAUACCGAUAUAGGCCUGGUAAUACUCUAUUCUUUUGUUUAUCUGUACAAACCACUGUAUGAGUUGCUGAUACCAGCAUUCUACAUACAAUCCCCUGUUUAUUAAGAUAGAUUAAUUAAAUGAGCUGCAAUGCUGCCAUCUGGUGACUUUCACUUUCAUAUACAGCUGUUUAUCCCCAAAAAUAUUUUAAGGGCACACAUCAUUUGGCGAAACCCAGACAUUGCGUUAUCGGGUUUUCAUUAUCGAAGGAAAAAAACGAUUCUUACAGAUAUUACAUAAUAUGUUAAUAUCUGAUAUCGGCCGAUAUCAUCGGACAUCCCUAGAAAUUAAGCAAAGAGUAGGAACAUGUAUAUUUUUACACAGCAGACGAUCUUUCAAAACUAACAUAACUGCUAGAAAUGACGCCGAUGAAACCUCUAUCUAUUUGUAUGUUUAAAUAAUGAUAUAGUUAGUGAUAGCUUGACAUAAACCAGAGGAGUUCCCCUUUAGAUCCACUGAACAGUCUUGUCUCUUGUUUUUUUAUAUUUUAUUUUCUUUAUUUUUACCACCAAUUUCAGUCAUUACACUAGUUGCUGUGUCUCAGUGUUUCUGAUGCGGAGACAUAUUGAACAAGAAAGGUCACCUUAACCGCGGCCCGCCAAGUCAAUUCUCCAGGAAGGGAGAUUUGCGAAAGAUUUUAAGAGAACUAGUAAACAGCAUCAGAAUAAAUACGUCGGAGAAAGAUGACAUUCAAAACCAACCUCAAAGCCAGAACCUUUGUGUUUCAGUGCCCACUAAUGGCUGCUGUGACAGCUUGGGCUCGGGCUGACUUCAGUACAACCACAUGAAAUGAUUGGACGCUUUAUCUCCCAAUUAGAGGCACCGGUGCAGGGGGGCGUAGAGGGGACACCGAUGUGACGACAUGAGACUAAUGGUUAGCACAGAGGCCGAUACUGAAACCACAUCAUACAGGCGGUACUUGAAGAAUGGGCACGACACACAAACAUAUGGACAUGUCCACAUGACAUGUGCCAAGACUUAGAACAACUUCUUCAUGCAGCCAAUAGGCAUCAAGUGAAGCCAUCAAUUAAAGUCUUAAGCAUUUGGACUUCAAAGGCAGUAAAACAAAAAGGACACAAAGCAGAUUCUAACAAAUCAACUAUUUAAACACACACACAUACAUGACCAACACUAGGUGCUGUGGUGUGUACUGUGGCAGCAGCAGAUUGACCGUGUUUGAGGCGCGGUGUAAUGAGAAAGCAGAUGAAAAGACAGCAGACCGUCUCAGCUGCCAGUGAGGCGAUAACUUCAUCCACGUCACAUCCCGCCAUAUCAAAGACAGAGAAAUGCCAAACGCCGUCUCUGAGUUCAGGUUUACACACACUCCGAUUCAUUCAUCCCCCAGCUUAGGCCAUCUGAUUGAGCUCGACUCAAAGCUAAAUGCCUUUUCAAAUCGUCUGAAGACGUCAGUGGUGCCUGCUUUGAUUCACUGACUCCAGCUGACCUUGGCUGACUGUCAGUGCCGUCUGUGUCCAGUAACUAAACCGGCAUCAAAGAACUUCACUUCCUUUUGCAGUAGAUAAGCCAGUUCAAAAAUGGACUGAGUUAGCAUUAGCCUGUGUCUAUGUGGGCUGUUGAUCUUGACACUGUUACUAUGGGAUGUUGGACCUGGACUAAUUGUAUUGUAAAAAGGCUAUUUUCUUUGGAAAACGAGAAAUAUUUACAUCUGUGUUGCCAUUUGUCAGAAGGAUUGAUCAGCACAUCAUGGGCAGCUAUGAAUUGAUUAUUAACUGAUGAAAGUUAAUCAGUAUCUUUGCUUGAAAUACCAGUAACUACUCAAAACAUGUGAACCCCCACCCCCCUGCCAACCUCCCCAAUUCUCUCCUUAAUGACGGUCUGAACCAGUCCUUAGUCCUUCAUGUCCGGCGAGCCGCCAUAUGACUGCAGUUUAGCUCAUUCCCCUCACCACUUGACCUUGCAACCUCAGAAGAAGAUAAAGCUGAUGAGAUUAGACAUUAACAUGCUCUACCACCCACCACAGCCAUCUAUCACAAUGCCUUCAGAGAUAGGAAGACUGUUUGAGUGAGGAGAUAGUGGAACAAAAGGAAGAUCCUUAACGACAAUUGAUGGAUUCACUUGGCUCAGUUAAAAUCAUCCACAAAAAACAUAAUUUAUACGCGCACAUAUCACAAAUAUAUACAACCUAACAUCAUAUCCAUGGAUUAGCAUUGGCCCUUCAACGCCACCUCUACAUGUCUCUCUGUACGCGAUACUGUAGAUUGUAUUUGUAAAUGUUGCUGUUUACAAACAUAGCAGAUCUUGUCGCGCUUCUUUCGUUCUUCUGCGUCUAAAUGUGAAACAUUAACUGUUGUGCAGUAGUUAUCGAAAAAAAAAGAGAGAAAUUUAACGCGACUAAAAAGUUGUUGUCUGUGACGCAGAGAUCUGGACUCGACAUAGAGACUUUGACUUUGUCCCGUGUAUUUUGGCAUAUCAAGGUUGUUUCAAAGGUGCAGUGAUUGAUGUACUGUAUAUUUAAGUUUAUCAUUAAGUUAAGGUUUAUUAGCAUGUGGUCACUGCCUGUUGUAUGGCAGGUGUGUUUUUUUCAGCGCAGUGUUUGACGUACUCAGUUUCAGAUUUUUACUUUUUAUUUAUUUAUUUUCGGUUUGAUGAUUGCGUUUUACAAUUCGGUGCUACGUGAUUAUUGAUCCUCCCAUUAGACAAGGAAGAACGGAACUGAAAAUCUGUCUCUUUUUCUUUUUUUUUUAACUGCAGCAAAUCGACAAAUCAAAUUAGCCGGUGUCAAAUAGAUGAGACUUUUUUUUUUUUAACUUUCUUUUUUAAUAUUUGUAACCAAAUAAAUCUAAAUCACUCUGCAAUAAGGUGAUGGUAAAACAGCGUCAACACAAGGGGCCAAACAUCCCCCAGUGCUGUGCUGUGGGGACACUGAGGCUACUCUGGGAUCAGAUCCAAGUCUUCCAAACCUCUGUAACGACUCAUAACCCAAGGACCUCAAUAACCUGCAAUAGAAAUGUCCUUGUACAGAGUUAUGCAGUAAUUAAUUCUUAUAAAAAAAAUGACAUAUAGUUAGAAGCAGAGAGAUAUCGUGGCUAGGGUGUACUACUGUUGACGGAUACUUUUCUCCCGUUCUGCCUCUUUUCAUCCAACUCGUCUCAGCGGUGUGAACAUGUUUCUGCAUGACUCUUCACCCCUGUGUGUGUACGUACCACAUCGACCUAACCUCCAUGUAAAUAAACCCAGUACUGUAGAGCAGUCUCUUUUUGACCCAUCUGUGUACAAACCUGUAAAUACCAACAGCUAUGCAUGCUGGAAACCUAGCAGUUCUUACAGGUACUUUUAUAAUCCCUUCAUUCUUAUAUGGCAUGUGCGGCAAAAAAUAAUAAUAAUAAAAAUAGGUUAAAAAGAAAUGAGAAAAAAAGGAGAAAAAAAAGAAUAAAAAAUAGUUGAUAAUAUUGUCAGGAAAUAUCCUCUCUUGGACAGUGUGUAGAGUCUUCCUGUUUUCUUACUCCUGUGGGUGAUUCUCUUCCUUUGCCUGUGCCUGUGUUUCUGCUCACCAUCUGUGUCAGUUGUUGUCAGUUAGCAUUUGCACAGCACUGAGGGUUGAGGCAGGAAGGAGAGAGUGAGCGCUCACCAGAUGAACCUACGACGGCACUGCAGUACUACAGCGGUACUACAGUGGUACUACAGCGGUACUCAAAGGGUGUGAAGUUCACUUUCUGGCCGAACCCCCAGAUUACUAAGCACAUGUCAAUCUGUAUCACGUCGAGGGCCAAUAGACACGCGGUUCAUUUGGAAACCUGUCCGUCCCAGACAGGACACAUGCCGAGGUUUGAUUUGUUGUUGAAGUGUUGAUCAUUUGCAAAUACGUACUUUGUCCAUUUUAACCACGCAGACAAACAUGUAAAAUAACCAAUUUUGUAUAAAUCAGAUCUGCAGAAACUUUGUUAAUAGAGGUAAAACGCGGCUACAGAUCCCCACCAACGAAGGGAACAGAAGGAGAGCAUUUUUUGCCUCAACCCUCUGGUCCAGCCUAAUGGACUAGCUAUCCUGGACGUAGGACUCCAAAGGGAUUGUGAAUCUAUUUCAAGAAUGUAAUUUUUUUGUUUGUUUUUUUAUCUGUGAUGUUUAAAUAGAUGGAGGUGUCUGAUUUUUAAUCUGUGCUCAAGAUAUUUUACACUAAAUAAAUAAUCAUUAAAAUCUAAA